AUGGUCGUCUGGCCACCGGUCAGUGGAGUUAACUCUACAUCCCUAUACUGUCCAGAAAUGGAACUACUCCUGAAACAUCAGCAGCGCCUGCAGAGACAGAGAGAUGGCAUCGCUCACAGAAUGAAGAAGCUGGCAGCUAAACAGGCGGAGAUAACAAAAAAGACAGAUGCGGUGAAGGAGAAAAUCAGAAAAAAGUACGAGGACAUGAAGCGGGUCCUGGAUGAGGAUCUCCGGAUUACCCUGACCCAGCUGGACACCGAGUAUGAGGCUACAGAGAAGUAUGUGGAGGACAGGAUUGAGGAGUGCUACCACCUCACUCAGGAACUGGACCAGGAGCUGUCCAAGAUUGAUGAAAAAACACAAGAAAUUGACAUUCAGAACGCUGAAACAGAGAAAAAAAUAUCUGAGACUCUGAAGCUGACUGACCCGGACCGGAUUCAGAUGGAUGAGUUCAAAUGCGGACAACUUCUGAGUCUCACUAUCAACCUGCUGCUGUUCAUCAGAUCCCAGAUCCCCGUCACCAAGAAACUGUUUCAGACCUAUGCUGCAGAUGUUGUCCUGGACGCUGACACUGCUCACCCCAAGCUGAUCAUCUCUCCAAAAGGCGACUCAGCCACCUUCACAGAGACCUGGCAGGACGUUCCAGAGACUCCCUCCCGUUUUGAAACCACCUUAAAUGUAAUCAGCAGGGAGGGCUUAAGCGAGGGCCAGCAGUACUGGGAGGUGGAUGUGAAGGGGAAGACCUACUGGGAGCUGGGGCUCACCUACCCCAGCAUCCCGAGAAAAGGCAGAGAGGAGGACUCGUGGCUGGGCCGGGGCAAAGAGUCUUGGUGCGUGGAGUACUUUAAUGGAGACUACACAGCCUGGCACGGUGGAGUCCAGCAUAAACUUCCUCUACUGACAGGAAAACAGUUCACUCGCAUCGGGGUGUACUGUAGCUUCCCCGGGGGGGUGGUGUGCUUUCUAGGAGCGGACACUAUGACCCCGCUGCACUGCUUCUGCGCUGGGACCUUCAGGGACACCCUACAUCCGGCAUUAUGCCCUGGCCACGACAAUGAAGGCACAAACUGGAAGUCUCUUAAUAUCUGUGAUGUUUCCCGGUCAGCUCCUGUUCUCUGA